CCAUUAGAUCAAAGGAACCUACCUGACACUUCCUGCCCAUGAAUGUUUCGCUUGUUUUGGCAGUAUGAUAUUUGUGUAUCUCUGCCAUGUUUGUGUACAUCUGUCGCAAAUGUAUUUACAUUUUUAAACGUGUAACAUCGUCUUGACGCUCUGGAAUAAUAACCAUACGCACUGUUUUGGAUUAUAUGCGCAGUUGAGCCCGUUUAAUGGAUGACUGGAGGAAGAACGUGAUUGUUUCUUCUCAUUGAUCCGGGAUCAUACAGUACAAAGAUAUAAGGUAUGGAUGAUUUGUCAUAUGUGGGGUCUGGCUGAGGGCCGCUGUUGCCCUGGCGUCUGCACCCCAUUGGCUGAUUCACCAGCAUGUACCGUAGAAACGGCCUAUCGGAUGGCACCAGCAUUAGCUCCGCCUCCUCUGAGGGAAGUAACAGCUCCGUGUCUGUGGACGGCCCGAGCGCUGACUACGCGAAGAGCUACGAUGCUGUCGUGUUUGAUGUGCUGAAAGUGACGCCAGAGGAGUUCGCAAGCCAAAUUACCCUGAUGGACGCCCCUGUUUUUAAGGCCAUACAGCCAGAGGAGCUUGCUAGCUGUGGUUGGAACAAAAAGGAGAAACACAUUUUGGCUCCCAAUGUUGUGGCCUUCACACGAAGAUUCAACCAGGUGAGCUUCUGGUUGGUACGGGAAAUCCUCACCGCUCAAACCCUGAAGAUCCGUGCUGAGAUCCUGAGCCACUUUGUCAAGAUCGCAAAGAAACUUCUAGAGCUGAAUAACCUUCAUUCUAUGGUGUCGGUGGUGUCGGCACUGCAAAGCGCUCCCAUCUUUAGAUUGAGCAAGACAUGGGCGCUGAUCAAUAGGAAGGACAAGGCCACGUUUGACAAGCUGGACUACUUGACCUCUAAAGAGCAUAACUACGCCAGGAUGAGAGAGUACAUUCGCUCCCUAAAGAUGGUUCCCUGCAUCCCCUACCUGGGGAUCUACCUGCUGGACAUGAUUUACAUCGACUCGGCCUAUCCAGCCUCUGACAGCAUCAUUGAGACUCAGCAAAGAACCAAUCAGAUGAACAACAUCCUCCGGGUGAUCUCUGACCUCCAGAUGUCCUGUACAUACGACCACCUCGUGACCCUCCCGCAUGUGCAGAAGUACUUGAUGUCUGUUCGCUACAUCGAGGAGCUUCAAAAGUUCGUGGAAGACGACAAUUUCAAACUGUCUCUGAAAAUUGAACCAGGGAACAGCUCCCCACGCAUGGCCACAUCCAAAGAAGAUCUUGCAGGUCCGUCUGAGGUGUCUCUCUUGGUGAGGUAUAAUCGACGGCCCACUUGCCCUGAUGCCACUGUGGGGGUCCAUAUUCCCACCCCACCGCCCUCACGACACAGAAAGAGCCACAGCCUCGGCAACGCUAUGAUGUGGCAUUUCGGUGUGGUGGAGAGUAAAAGUGCGACGUUCCCCACAGAGAAACCACGUCACCUGCUGGAUGACAGCUUCUUAGAGGCCCAGAGCCCGGCCCGGAUCAAUCCACACAACUCAUCCGUGUCCAACGGCAUCUCUAUAGGCAGCAGUCAGAGUUCGUUCUGUGAUGAUCUUUCCCCGGGGCUCGAGAGGGGCCGCAUGUACGCAACUCUGGGCCCUAACUGGAGGGUCCCUCUUCGCAACUCCCCCAGAGGCCGCAGCCAUGCCCACAGUCCGUCAGUAGCAGAGCCCAGUCUGAGUCACGGAGAGGCGGGUGGCGUCACAAUGGAGGGGCCGUUGAAGAGGAAAACCCUGCUGAAGGAGGGCAGGAAGCCUAAGCUUGCCUCAUGGACACGGUAUUGGAUCUCACUGUCUGGUUCUACACUGAUAUUCUACAGAUCCAAAUCCCUGCGAGCCACUGAGAGGAAACAUUACAAGUCGGCACCGUGUAAGAAAGUGUCGGUUCUGGGCUGGAUGGUGGUUCUUCCGGAUGAUCCGGCCCAACCCAACAUCUUUCAGCUCAACGAUCCUGACAAAGGGAAUGUUUACAAGUUUCAGACUGGAGAUCGGUUCUCUGCGAUCAUAUGGCACAAACGCCUGGAGGAGGCGUGUCGGAGAAGACGACCUCAGAUACCAGCAAAUCUCAUGUCCUUUGAGUAAAUGGACUUGUGUGGCUCUCGCCUGAAGAUGUUUAUAAUGUGCCAAAGGCCCACAGAGAUUGAGAAGAACGUGUUUAGUUCAACAAAAGGAUGAAGAAAGAGCAAAAAAAAAAAAAAGUCACUGAGCCAAAAGACUCGUUCUGUUCCACCGGCCCUCCGUGAGCCCCGACGUCCACAUCUAAGAUCAAGAUGCUUGUUACAGACCUGGACGGUUUUGGACGUGGAGGAUUGUGCACUAGUUCUGGUAAAGGAUGUGGUCGGAAAGGAGGUAAAUUUCCCCCUGUUUCAGCUCCAUCGUGUCUUCUCCAUGGAGACUUUUGGAUCUCGAGGUGUUGCCGAGACAUUUUGGAAAUUAAAUUAAACACAGAAGCUUGAGAUGAGCAUUGUUGUGCGGAUGUAAAUGAGUUUUAGGGGGAAAGAGAAAACCGUGCCACCCGUCUUGAAGUUGAUCUGUAGCCUAAAACUAAAAAGCCAAACUAACAGGCAUUUGCUCCCACAAAGAGCCGUAACAAACAAAACACAAGCGGAUCAGCACAAUUCCUCAAGCUGAAGACUGAUGACGCUGUUCAAACCAGAUAACGUCUCGCACUGGUUCAUGGUUUAGUUACAGACACAUCAUGGUUGCCAAGAUCUCUUUUUAGCACAGUGAUUUUUAUUUUUGGUUAAUGUUAUGAUGUGAAAGUGAUCUGGUUGAAGGAUAUUUGUGAGUGUGACUUGUUUACAUCAGGGAUUCUGAAUCCAGUUUCAGUUUUAGCCAUUUUAUACUCGUAAAACCUAGUUUUGGGCUUUAAGUAUUAACAAAUUCUAGUGACUUUUCUGUCAAAUGAAGGUUUCGCCUGAUUUUAAGUAGGUUUUGCUCACAUCUCACAACUCAAACCGGCAAAGUUUGUGUUUGUCACAUUUAAUUUUCUUUGAAAGGGUUCCUUAUAACAGGACAAAACAGUUUCAUAUCAUGAUCACUCAAAAACACAACAGGAUAACACACUUAUUUUCCAUUUAGCUCAUCUCACAAGUACAAGAACUGCUUCUUUUGAAUUGUGAGAUCAUUAUCAUUGAAAGCGCUUACAUUCACUUACUGGAUGAAUCACACAUCCUUCAAAAACAUGUCCACGUCAUGCAUAUCUCACCCCUAAAUGAAUAGAAUUAAAUAGGUUGUGAUAUUUUGCUUAAAGAUUUGUUGCAUUAUUUUCAUGACAAUUGAGCACAUUUAACCCUCAAAUUCUCAUUACUGUAAGGGAAAAACACUGAUAUAUUAUUUAAAUUGUAAGUAUUUAUAUUUAUUAUACUGCCUUUUAAUUUAUGCUUAUUGAUUUUUUUUAAAUUAUUAAAUGCUUUUUAUACUGUAAUGCAAUUAAGUUGUGCUUAAAGUAAUGUACUUCAUUGUCAUGAAAAGGAUUAAAAAAAGAUGAAGUAUAGACUUGAUUUUCUUUAUGCAAAACAUAAUUCAUUUUGAGUUUGGGUGUGAAAUGUGACGUGGACAUGUCUUGGUGGGAUUUAUCAACGGAGCAGCCGAAUGCUCCAAUACAUGCAAUGACGUGCAGAUACGACAGCUGUAAUUAACUGAAAAGAGUUUUGAUUUUGAACAGAUAUCUAUUCUUUUAUGUCUGAUAAUAUCAGUUUAAGAAUGUGAACCAUCUUACGGCAGCCAACGAUGUAAGGAGACGCUGUUUUAGCGUUUAGUAUUGAUUUGAGAUCAAUUCAGAUCGAGUGAAAGAACAGCACUGGUUAAUAAUGUAGUUGUCUGUACGUUUAUUUCUCAUAUUUCGUUCUGUGCAGGACUGAUGAUUGUAAUGAACUGUGUGUGUGUGUGUGUGUGUGUGUGUGUGUGUGUGUGUGUGUGUGUGUGUGUUUUAUAAGCAUGUUUGAAUGAAGCUGAAGGAGAAACACUGGACAAACAAUUCACAAAGUACAUUCAUAUCAGCUUCAGAAAUCUGACACGAAGCAGAAUCAGAGGAAUAAUUCAGUCAUUAUUUACUCCUCAUGUUGUUCGCUCCAGUAUGCUGAUUUAUUGUCUGUGGGACAAAAUGCUGUUCUUACUUAGAAUUUGUGUCUUGUUUCCAGUCCAAAUAUCUAAAAAUUCUUAAAUCAAGAAGCAUUUUCUUGACAAGUAAAAAUUAUUUUCUUGUUUUCAGGAAAAAUACGUUAAA